UGCAAAUGUUCAAUUUUGCUUUUGAGCUAAAUCUGUAAAACUGAAGGAAGAAGAAAGGAUAAGAGUUUGAACGCAAAGUGAUCACUGAAACAAACCCAAAAAUGGCAGCUUUGAGUUCUUCCAUGACCAUCUCAUCGCUACAUUCACUUUCUCGCUACGAAAGUUGCUUCCUUUCAUCUCAAUUUUCAAAACCCUUGUUCAUAAACCCAUCUCAGAACAAACCCAGAUUCUCAAUUUCGUUUUGCCUCAAGCAAAGUGAUCGUGACGAGAGCCAAAUUCAACAAGAAUCUGUCCAAGAAGAAGAAGAAGAAGAGUAUUGGGUUGUGACUGCAGUAAGAAGCAGAUACAAUGAGAUUGUUAUAGUCGAUACUGUUUCUUCCAGAUAUCUUCUCCUUGAUUCAACUAAGAAUGUGCAUAGUGUUAUCAAUAAAGGAGGUCAAAAUUGGACUGGAUCUUAUUGGGAUGAGUUUGCGAGUUUGCCGCCUAUUAUCCCUAAUGGUCCCGUUGCAAUCUACGGCUUGGGUGGUGGAACAGCUGCAAGAUUGAUGCUUGAGUUGUGGCCUACAAUGCAGCUUGAAGGUUGGGAAAUUGAUGAAAUUUUGAUUGAGAAAGCAAGAGACUAUCUCGGGCUGUCUGAGCUAGAGAAACCAACAUCAAAAGGCGGUAGACUUUGUGUUUAUGUAGAUGAUGCUCUCUCUCCUUCUCAAGAUGUUUCAGGAAGAUAUGCUGGGAUCAUUGUUGAUUUGUUUGCUGAUGGAAAGGUCUUAGAUCAGCUGCAACAGGUCCCUAUUUGGUUGGAGCUUGCUAGUAGGCUGAUGCCUAACGGUCGCAUUAUGGUGAAUUGUGCGGGAAUCGAAACAGAAUUGCAGAAUGGAAAGCCUCAGUUGUUGUUAGAUGAUUCAGCCGGGAUGUUGAAUUCCACUGUCAAGAUCUUGGCAGAAGCAUUUCCUGGACAAGUUUGCUGGAAGAGAACACCGGAUACACAAGGUCUCAACUUUCUAGCCUUAACCGGAGGCUUACCUGAUCUUAGUGACUGGUCUAAUAAAGUUCCAGUUCGUUUGCGCGAAGUAGUGAAGCAAUGGAAGCUUUAGCAGCAGGUUUCCCAACAGAACAUACAUCUAGAGAAAGUUGUUGUUUUGUUCAAUCUUGGUGCUAUGUGCCUUGAGAUUGGUCUCGACUUCGACUGCAACACCGUUAUUGGCCGUCAUGACUCUUGCCAAGAGUUUAUCUCCGCAGCAAGUUUUUUCGCAUACUUGAGGGACAACGAAUCUUCUAAGGCAUAUAUGACAAUCGAGUGCGCGGGCAUGUUUGAACAGAUGUUGCUCGCACAGGAGCAGGAAUGUGUUUGCGAAAAAAAUUUAAACCCAACCACGACAGAUGUCGUAUGUGCCAGAAUUGCUAGUCAGGUUGCUAUAUACUAUGAGGAAGCUUUUAAAGCUCUGAAUUCUCCCUUUCUCAAGAAUCACUUCGACGAAAGGUGGAAGAUUCAUGUACAACUCAAAGCUGCUCUUUUCUAUUCCGAAGCCUGCGUAAGGCAUGAUGAAAAUGAUACAAUUCCGGCAAAGCUGCAAGGUUGAACUAUGGGUUGUCUCGUCUAACCGAGGGGAGGAAGUCAUCUAAUGAGUGUGACCCUCUGCUCAUAAAAUUGGUUAAGCAGCUUGUUUCAAGAGCGAAAAGGAAUCUGGAGAAGAUUUCCAAUGAUGAGAACAAAGAGAUAAUGCCUGGUCUGAUGCCUGACAUUCCCCCACUUUCAGUAAUUAUGAUUCUAAAAUAACAACUUGACGCAAUCAAUGAGAAAUUGUUUG